AUGACGCCGCCCAAGAACCCCCCAGACCUCGACAGGAUCCUCAAGUUCUGCGCGGCAACGCCCAGGCAGGCCCCCUCACCGCCCCUCCGCAGGGGGGAGGUCUACUGCCUCUCGAGCUUCGCGAGGAGGGCGGAGCAGUGGUACAGGGAGGAGUCAGGCCGGCAGCUGGCCCGGCGCGGCCGCGAGGCCGCGGCCGUGGGGAGGCGGCGGCAGCCGUCGCGGGCCGCAAAGGGGACCCCCCUGGAGCCGGGCGACUACGUCCUCGACCAGGACGAGGUGGACGCGCUCCUGUGCCACUCGGGGUCGGAGACAGCCCCGAGCCCACCACAACCGCCGCCACCCGAAGGCAAGAGACGAAAGGGCCCCACCGGGGAUAACAAAACUAGUAGACGCCGCCUUCCCACGCCGCCAGCUGACGAGGACGACGUCGACGAGGACGAGGAGGAAACAGACGGCGGCCCAAAGCGGGCAAGAGGCAAGACACCCCACCGGCGGCCCAGGACAGGGCAGAGCCCAGAGGAAGCCCGGCUCGGGGACUUCGCGGCGCGGCUGGGCAGGGCGGUCCACGCCAAGCACCGGGAGGUCCGGGCGCGGCACGACCGGGGCGGCGGGGUGCGGCACGAGUGCGCGGCGGGCGGGCGCGGGUGGGGCUGCGUGGACGGGCAGUACUGCGGGCACGGCCUGGUGGACCGGUGCGUGGCGUGGGUGCCCCGGGCCAAGGCGCACCUCCGGGCGCGGGUGCGGUCCGAGAUGGAGGCGUUCUUCUCGUCGUCGCUACCGCCGCCACUGCCCGCGGGCAGCCAUGAUGAUCACGACUGCCAGCAGCGGACCACCACCAACAACAACAACAACAACAACAACAACAACAGCCCGGAGCGCCUCGCCGAGCUGAAGAAGGGUAGGGCCGCGGCGCUCAGGGCCGAGACGAUGCGGCGGGUGGCGGACGCCGAGGCGAGGCUGGGGACGGCCGCCGCCGCCGAGGCCGAGAUGCUCGAGAGCCCGACGCUGGGGCGCUGGCCCGCCGGGUCGGAUGGGUUCCCGCGGGAGGACGUCGGGGCGCUGAGGGUCGAGGUGGCCGGGCUGGCGUUCGCGGUGGACGUGUGUAUCGGGGAGACGCGGGUCUUGAUGCUGUGAUGAUGCCCCCGGUGAAAGGGGGGUGGUUUGGUUUGCCGGCGAGGCCCUGGGCCACCAAGCAGCCAGCCAGCCAGGCCACAGACACAAUUAUGAAGCCUUGACGAAGAAAACGUAGCACGGCAGAGGGCUCGCGCGCGUCUCUCCGUCUUGGUGUCGAGGGUGACGCACCCGCAGGCCCAGCGCGCACCUCGACAUGCUCCAUCAUGGCCCUCCCCAGCACGAGGCCCGCACGAGCAGCUUGGCCACCUCGCCGCGGUGGGCGUCGCAUGGCCUUGGGGAUGAGAGGCUGCACGGCCGCCGCGACCUCUUCGCCGUCGCCCCGUGUAGCCUCCUCCGUCGACUGAGCCGGCGGCCGGGAGGGUGACGAAGAGGCACUUGGCACGUCCCGUUGGCCAGGCUGGUAUGGUAGUACCCAGGGCCCACUAGCACCGGUCCGUGUCCGCGUCCGGAAGGUCAUCAAUUCUCAGGUGACAGCCACUGUGUGCACCGUAUGGGUGUGAGGCAUGAAUAUUGUGCAUGGUGAGCACGGCCAAUCAGGCCCGGCCAGCAUGUACAACAAGUGCCACUUGGACAUCACGCAAUCCAUGAGCUGCGUGAGGGUGUUCCAGUGAUAGAACCCGCCCCGAUAGCAACCAAUAUAGUGCUUGGCUGUGACGCGACGUCGCAUCAGGCUCGAAGGGCAUUGUUCUGGAAACUCGACCGACUCCCGCCAGAUCCUCUGGCCUUGACGAGGCGGGCAGGCGGGAGACGACGGUGAUAGCUGCCGUUUGCCACUCGCGAGGACGGACUGUUUUACACGCUGGACAGCCUGCUACAAUGUGUUCCAUCCCUUGGCGCCGCAUCAAGACGACCCCGUACGGAGUACACAUCAUCCUUGGUCGGAGACGGCAGGACGGCUCCAUGGACGCAUCGCCCAGCAGUCUGCCGGCCCUUUCUCUGAUAUAUCUCGGGCAGUUCACUGUGCAGCACAUGAGCUUUGCCGGAUACGUCUCAUACCGGUCGGCCCCUCCUGACACCUUUCACCGCCUUCAAUGUUAGGCUUCGGGUCAGGACAUUCGUCGUUAGAUCAUGUAAUAAUAGAAGUAAAAAUAAGUUAUUAACAAUAACGACAAGAUAAUGAGACAAGCACUGGUCUACUGUCCAAUUCGUGGGGGUGUGGUGCGCAUCGCGAGCACUUGACCGGGGUCCCACCUAACAAGGUUAUGGGGAUCCUAGGUCACUUAUGACGAGGAUGUCCCGACCGCGGUAUGAAUUCGGCGGAAAUGGCGACUUGAAAGUGACGGCCGUCGGUAGCCCGGCUGUCGCUGCUGCUCGGGCUGGCGGCGCAUACGAGUACUAGCAAAUGUUCAACACAGCAGCGCCCAACGUAGCGUGAUAUGCUUCGACGAACACAGAGGGUGUUGGACGAGGCACCGUCCCGCCCGUCACAGCCACAGCCACAGCCCGCGGCGGUUCAGAGAUGCCGUCGCUG